AAAAGAGGUAACCUUUUAGACCUCACACUAAUUUAUAUACCACUACUCUUCCACCUUUCACUUCCUCCCUCCCCUGCCUUCUCAAUAUUUUCAUAGUCAAACCAAACAUGAACUUCAAGAAAUCCUCAACCUUCCUCUCUUGCAUUGUGUUCAUACUUCUUCCUUCACUAAUCACAUCACAAACUUGUCAAAAAUCAUGUGGUAAUAUACCAAUCAAAUACCCUUUUGGUACUGGUCCUGGCUGUGGCGAUCCGCGAUUUCAGCCUUAUGUUAUUUGCAACAACCAGCAACUCUCCUUCAAGACUCACACAGGGUGCUAUCCGGUUACAUCCAUUGACUACAAUUACCAAAUCAUGUACAUUAGUGACCCUUCUAUGUCAACAUGUGCUUGUACACAACCAAGUAAAGGCUUUAGUCUAGAUGCUAACGCGCCUUUUAGCUUUCAUGAUGACACAGUUUUUGCAUUGCUUGAUUGUGAAACAGAUUCAUCACCAAUUUACAAAUCAAAUAAUGAAGGGGCUAAUUCAACUUUCCCUAUGUGUGAUUCUCAAGGUGCACCAGUUUGUAGUUUAUUGUAUUCUUGUCAAGCUAUUAGUAGACUUAAUUUACCAAUUUCAACUUGUUGUGUCUACACACCUGUUGAUCUUGGUCCAGCAUUUGAGAUGGAUUUGGAGAAAUUGCAUUGUUCAUCUUACUCAGCUUUAUAUGGUUUUAGUGGUGAAGAAUUGAAUCCACAGGCCUGGAAAUAUGGCGUAGCGUUGAAGUAUAAAUUUAAUUUCAACAAUGAUUAUCCUGAUAUGUGUGCUAAUUGUGAGAAAAGCAAUGGUGUUUGUGGAUAUGGAGGGCCUUAUAGUUCAUUUGUAUGCAAUUGUCCUAGUGGAUUCAACACGACGAACGAUUGUUUUCUAGGAUCAUCUUGGAGUAACAGUUUCAAAAAUGUUCCAUGGCACACUGGUACAAGGCUUUUGUUGAUUAAUGCGUUGGGAUGGUUCAUCGUCUUGACGUUUAUGUAGGCUGCAAUGAUCAAGCAUGAAAUUGAGCUGAUUCAAGGAAAUCUGGUUGCUUAAUGUUUAAUUGAUUCUUGGCUUGUUGUAAAAUGUGAAAUAAUGGUGAAGAAAACAGGGAGGUUAAUGCAAAAGGGUGGAUUUUCUUUUUGAUCAUUUUGUAAAUGUUGUAUUACAUUAUGAUAAAAUGAUCAUUUCAAUUUCUUUA